AUGGCAAGAACAGGUCAUUCCACCAACACGACUUCCGGAAGACACAGGGUGCGUCAACCACAGUCUCAGAAGCUCACGGACAAGGAGAUUUUGGAGUUGAAGAACUACCUUCCUGAGUGGACUGCUGCCAAAAGGAGUGAGAAGCGAGCGAUUUUCACUGCCAUAGCAAGGGCGGCCAGGUUGUUUGCUCCUAAGUUGGACCAAAAACAAUGGAAAAAGAGGAAGCAGGUGUACAAGACUUGGUUGUUCAACAACAAGAAAAAGAAGGAAAGGAAGGACAUGAUCAAGUAUGGGAGGAAAUGGACACCCAGGAUGGUGGUCUACCAGCAGAAACGCGAAGAGGUGCUGAAGAGGAUUGAGGACGAGGCGGUGGUGAAGAGAGUCAUGGCUGAAUUGGAUGACAACGAGUUGGAGAAGGCGAAAGAAACAGCGGAGGAGUGGUCCAACAACUGUCCGCCUCCGGAGAUACAAGCACAAGUGGCUCGUAAGAAGGGUCCAGCAUAUAUGGAGCACUUUCGAACGAGAUGUGGAGGCAAUGUGGGAUGA